AUGGCUAAAUUUAAUCAAACUUUUAAAACGGAGGAAACUGCAGCACCUCCAAUCUACUAUUUAACCUUUGAGGACUAUUUAAAACCCAAAACAGUUAAAAAACACAACCCUCCUAAACUACUAUUCAGCCAACAAACUCUACAAAAAUCUCCUGAAAUGCGUUUAAAACUAUUGGAACAUCCGGUGUUAAUAGCGGGACGCAAACCCAAAUGGCAAUUGUUUGCCGAAAAGCUGAAGAAAGUUUUUAAAACUAAAUUUAGAAGACCCCUUAAACUUCAGGCCUCUUGUAAGAGAGAUGAGAACAUAACAAAAAUUGCCACCAUUUGGCACAAUAAAACCUUCAAUAAGCCUUCCAGAUUUACCAUUGGCAGCAUACAAUUGCCCAUGUUUUUGUCGUUUCUGAAAGCCCGCAACGAUGAUGGCUUGUGCAAGCGUAAAUCGGGCUUUGAGAUCUAUUGUGAAAUGGCCAGUAUUCAUGGAUUCAUAAAUUUUGUGGGCGCCACCACUUGGCAGAGAGCAUUUUGGUUUUUUGUGGUGCUGAGUGCCGUAGUAAUGUCGGGAUUUAUUUUGCUGUUGUCGCAUUUUAUGAACACUACAACGCCCACCAUAUUGUAUUCGGAAAGUACUCAAUAUCCCACCUGGUCCAUACCAUUUCCAGCGGUUACCAUCUGUAAUUUGAAUUUGAUAUCAAAAAGAAAGGCUGCAAAUUUGGCGCAAAAAUUCCAAAAAACCUCAAAUUUUAGCCUUCCGGAACUAACCAACUACUUUAAUAUGGCUCUCUCCACAUCCUUCAACAUUGAAACCUCCUCACAAGAUUACCAUCAUUUAAACUCUAUAUUAAAAAUUAACAAUUACACUCUCUCCAAACUAUUACAUGACAUCACACCCAAUUGUGACAAUGAACUGCUAAGAUGUAAGUGGCAGGGCCAUUUUAUCAGAUGUAAACAUUUAUUUCAAAAAAUACCAACAGCCUUUGGCCAAUGCUGUUCCUUUAACUAUAAAGCUUUGCUGAAAACUCUUAACAAACGUAGCGAUUAUGUUUUAAAUGAUCAUGUGGAAUAUAUCACCAGCUGUGGUUAUAAAACUGGUCUCUCUGUUUUAUUAGAUCCUCAUUUGGAGGAUUAUCAAGCUAGCUUAACACUAACGCCUGGUUUCCAAGUCUUAGUUCACGAUUCACAUGAUUAUCCCGAUAAUAAUGCCUUGAAACGUAUCAUAACACCCACCACCUUUAAUAAGUUACAUGUCUUGCCUCAGCAAACUUAUGCCACCAGCUAUAUAUCCAGAGAAUCAUUAACUACUCGUAAAUGUUAUUUACCCAAUGAACGUAAUUUGUUUAAUUUUGGUUCAUAUUCUCAGGUGAAUUGUUUGGCGGAAUGUCGUUCCAGUAUAAUCUAUAAAAGGUGUGGCUGUGCUAUGCCAAAUUGGCCGAAAAUGGAAAAUUGGACGGUGUGUGGUUUAGAGCAGAGUAAAUGUUAUAUGAAAUAUAAAUCUUUAUUGGUUUCGGAAUUGAAAUAUUCCCAAUCAAAUCGUUUUGAUGAGCAAUUUAUGUGUGAUUGUUAUCCGUUGUGUGAUUUUAAUAUGUAUAGCAUUGCCAUGGAUUCGGGAAGACUGAUGCGAAAGUAUUCGUUAACGGAUGAACGUUUCUUCAAAGGCAUUAACACCACUAACCACAUACUGCUGCACGUCUUUUUCGGUGAACUCUAUGCCGAGCGCUUACGUCUGGAUGUCUAUGAAAAUUGGUUAUCCUUUAUAGGAACAUUUGGUGGCAUAACCGGCCUACAUAUGGGUUAUAGUUUUGUGUCUGGAUUUGAGCUAAUAUUCUUUGUAUUCGUGCGACCAGCCUGCAAUUGGUUGACUAAAAAACAAAUAAGAUAUCGCAUUAAAAAACGGCUAAAGAAGGCACAACGAGAGGCGGAAAAUAAAAAGAAAUUGGAAGAGGAAAAGGAAAAACAAGAACGUAUAGAGGCAUUUUUACGUAUGAGACCUCAUUGUCCAGAUAAUUUAGGUUAA